UGUGUUUGUAUUUUCACCCGGUCCCUAACGUGGUGCUGUAUUCCUACAGAUUUACCACUGGGGCAUAUUCCCCGGUCUACCACGGUAGGACGACACUGCAGAUAAACCCACGCCGUUACAAUUCCUAGUGGUGUGGGAGAGUUAACUAAUCAUCUGGCGGUCACCACUGAAACGUGACUCUGGAUUUUGUAUUUCCUUUUUGGGGGAAGCAUUUUUUAGGACCUUUUAACUCGCGUCUGUGAUAUUCUUCAACACGGAAUCUGCUGGGCCCUCAAAGCGUGUUUGAUUUGUGCCUCGAGGAUAUCUAGGAUAGUCUACAUGCGUUUUUCGUUCGCAUAAUUGAAGAUUGUCCGUUUCGUUGUUACGCAUAUGUUAUAACGCUGUGAUUUUGCGUGUGUUUCAAUUUGUAUUUCUUUCGCGGAUUGAAAAUUAGGGAUUUCUAUCCCAGGCGACUCAGCGAAAAGGGAAGUAGAGAGAGAGAAGGGGGAUAAAGACGCUCUCUGCCAACAUCGCUGGAUCACACCACGGGAUUUAAAUAAUUGCAUGUUCUGAAAAGGAUAUAAAUGUGGCUAUUCCGUGUUUAACCGACUCAAUCAGGUUUGCAGGAUGAGUAAAGACAGACCCAAAAGGAACAUCAUACAGAAGAAAUACGAUGACAACGAUGGGAUCCCAUGGUUAGAGGAGCGUGAGGUGCGGAAGGUCCUCUACCUCUCCCUGAAGGAGUUCAAGAGCGCCCAGAAGAACAAGGUGACUGACGGCCUUGGCACAGGAAACAUAAACGGCUUCAGAUCGGGAUUAAAACCAGAGCUACUGGCUGUGAAAAAUAAAGCUGAGCACUCAUGCUGCUCGUCUCAAAGCAACGAUGGCAGUAGCGAGCAUUCAGGGGACGAUCCUGUCAGAAAGAGCAUCUCAAUUCCCAGGCCACGUUUGCAAGCACAGAGGAAGUUUGCCCAGUCCCAGCCCAGCUCCCCCAGUGCCACCCCGAUCAAGCUGUUGGAGACAAUUCUGCCCACCAGCCCCACUACCCUGCUCAGCGACCUCACCAGACGCAAGCCCAAGACUGAGGACUUCCUCACCUUCCUCUGUUUACGAGGCUCAGCUGCGUUGCCAGGCAACAUGGCGUACUUUGGGAGUGCCCAGGACGAUGUGGAUCUGGAAGAUGAAGAUGACGAAGAGGAGGACUGUGAUGACAGGAUGUUAGCUCUCAGACACAGUUCCACUUCCUGUCCGUCCUUGCAGAGGAAAAACAAAACUCCUGGGAAGAACAUUGUUAAUGGACAUGUGUUGAACGGCCACAGCAGGUCCUUACGGGGGAAAGAGCUCUUCCUAAGGCCCCGAAGGAGAGAGAGGGGUGAAGGCCGGAGGGAGCCUACCACUGCUAACCAGACCUCCACAGGAACCCCAGCUAGGACCUCCAGCACCACCCACAGCCUUCGCCACAACAGGCCCACCCAGAAUCACCCAAAGCAGGUUUCAAAAGUGAAUGGGCUGUCGCGGUUGCCGUCAGCUACCGUACGCAACUCCUGUGCCAAAAAGCCCCCGGUUUCCCGACCACUGCCGUCCAAAACUGUGAAGUCCACAGCCACAACGCUACCCCGGGGGCACAUUGUCUACACCAAAGCCAGACUUCUCAAAGAGGCCAAACUAACAGUCGGCCGAAGAGCCUCCACUGUUGCCCGGCAAGCCCUCAACAACCACCGCCACCCUCCGCGGCCACGCCCACCACAGUCCAACUCAGGAAAAGACCCAAGCGGCCAUGCAAAGACUUCCAACAACAAACCGGUGCUACAGUUCCAGACUGCUGGCAGGUGUUGCCUGCAGCGGGUCAAUGGGCAGCUGCGCGGACGCCUGUGUCGCGGUCACGAGCUGCCGCCGGGGCGUGAGGGUGUCAGACACUCCAAGAGGCGACUGGGGCUGCCAGCCGAGGAGGAUCUGACAGGGACCCCGGAGUCUUCCACUGAGGUCAAAAAGCUAAAACUGCAGGGCAGCGCCCCAGAGACGCGAAGCGGCAGGAUGGUCAACGUCCGGGAGAAGGUGGCCGUGUCCGGCAGCCAUCUUGGUAAGGCUACGCCCAGAACGGUCUCUUCAAAGCAACGGUCCCAGCGAGCCUCCACUGGGAAGAGGAAGUUCACUAGACAAGCACAGCUCAUAGCCCAAAAUACUACUACCACAACUACUACUACUUCUACUACUACUGCUACUGCUAAUGCACCGCCAGCAGUUAAGAACACUACAUCCAAGACCACUUCGCAGGGCACUUCCAAGGGCACUACGCUCAUCUCCACUACCUCAGCAGCCCAGGCUGAACCACGCACCAGCAGCCCGGCGGCAGAGCCUAAAGCGGCGGCACAGAGGCACCAGGCCGGGUUGGGCGAGGAGGAGAGGGGCUCGUCGCCGCGUCUGCCCCUGUCCCCUACUGAGGUGCCAGUGUACAGGCCCGGCCCGGAGGAGUUCCAGGACCCUCUGGUGUACGCGGAGGCGGUGAGGAGGCAGGCGGAGGCCUAUGGGCUGUGCCGGGUGGUGCCCCCUCAGGACUGGAGGCCGGAGUGCAAGCUGAAGGAGGACAUGCGAUUCGUGACACAGGUGCAGCACGUCCACAAGCUGGGGCGGCGCUGGGGUCCCAACGUGCUGAGGCUGGCCUGCAUCAGGAAGCACCUCCAGGGACAGGGCAUCUCCAUGGAAGACCCCCCCCUCAUAGGUGGCUGUGAGUUGGACCUGGCCCGGUUCUUCAAGCUCAUCAACGACAUGGGUGGGAUGCAGCAGGUCAGCGACAUGAAGAAAUGGAGCAAACUGGCUGACCAGCUUCGCAUUCCCAAGACUGCUCAGGACCGACUGGCCAAGCUGCAGGAAGCUUACUGCCAGUACCUGCUGUCUUAUGACUCCCUGGCCCCUGCCGAGCGCUCCCGCCUGGAGAGGGAUGUCCUGGAGGAGAAGGGGAGGCUUGAGAAGAAGAGGGGGCCUCUGGAGGGCCACCCAGACGACUCCCAACAGAGCCUCCUGCAGCUGCCCCGCUGUGAGCCCAAAAACGGUCUGGUCAACGGAGUGGUACAGAGGAACGGUUUGCCCCGGAGCCUGGAUGGGGAGCUGGACGGGGAGAAGAAAGAGGAGAAGGACGUGCAGCUGAGGUUCAGUAGGAGGAGGCUGUUCACUCAGCAGAAGAAAGGAGGAGCGGAGGAGGAGGAGGCGGGGAAGGAGAAAGGGGUUCUUAGCGACCAGCACAAGUGUAUAUACAGGGGGAAGUCGGUUUCACUCACCACGUUCUACAGGACAGCCAGGAAUACUAUUAACAUGUGCUUCAACAAGGAGCCUGGGACUGCUGAGGUGGAGCAGCGGUACUGGAACAUCGUGGAGCAGAGGGAAUGCCAUGUCGCAGUGCACUGUGGGAAAGUGGACACUAAAACUCAUGGGAGUGGCUUCCCUGUUGUAAAGUCGGAGCCAUUUUCGAAGCAUGGAUGGAAUCUUACUGUCCUUCCCAAUAAUUCAGGAUCCAUCUUACGCCAUCUUGGUGCUGUGCCAGGAGUGACCAUCCCGUGGCUAAACAUUGGCAUGGUCUUCUCUACCUCAUGCUGGUCUCGAGACCAUCAUCGCCUUCCAUACAUUGAUUACCUACACACCGGUGCUGACUGCAUUUGGUACUGUGUUCCUGCUGAGGAGGAGGUGAAGCUGGAUGAGGUGGUCCACACCCUUCUACAGGCUAAUGGAACCCCAGGACUGGAGAUGCUGGAGAAGAACAUUAUGAUCUCUCCGGAGGUGCUGUGUCGAGCGGGUGUCAAAGUGCACCGGACAGUCCAGCAGUGCGGCCAGUUCGUCGUGUGCUUCCCGGGGGCGUUCGUCUCCAAGGUGUGCUGCGGCUACAGCGUCUCGGAGACGGUGCACUUCGCCCCUUCCCAGUGGCUGAACACGGGAUAUCUGGCUGCUAAGGAGCUGAAGCAUCGACACGUGGAGAGGUCAUUCUCCAUGGAGAAGCUGCUCUACCAGAUCGCCACAUCGGAGUCCAAGCGAGAGAAUGGCCACAUACUCAGCACCAUGACCUCACUCCUCAAAGACCUCAGGGAUACAGAGCUGAGACAGCGCACAGAUCUGUUCAACGCUGGGCUGCGGUCCGUCGCCCGCUACUGUAACCAUGACAACCAGGCCUCUUCAGAGAGCAGGAGGAUCCAACGCCAGUGGCUGAGGCUAGACCCCUCGGACCGUCGCUGCCAGGUGUGCCAGCACCUCUGCUACCUAUCCAUGGUGGUCCAGGAGCUUGACAACGUGGUGUUCUGUCUGGAGUGUGCUCUGCGCUACGUGCACAAACACAAGUCGUGCAAAGGCCUGAAGAUGAUGUACCGUUAUGACGAGGACCAAAUCAACAGCAUGGUGAGCAGGGUGUACGGAAGAGUGCUGGAGAGGAGUGGCGCGGAAAAGAGAAGAGGGUCAAGAGGACUUGGGGGUCUCUGUGAGAUGGCGCCUCCGGCUAAACGCAGCUCCCGAAACAGAACUUCCAUAACGGUGUCUCUCACCCGCCUGCCCUCGUCCACCCUGCCCAAGGCCCUUGGCUCCAAAUGAGUCCGGUUAUCUGUAGUGUUCCAAUACCCAAUAAAAACACCUUGGUUUCUCUAGAGGUAAACACA